AGUGAUUGGUCCGGGAGUAGGUAUCGCUGCGCCUAUAAAUAGCUGAAAUGGUAAAGUCGAAAACAGUAGUUCCCUGCUUGUUGCAGCGAACAGUUGUAACGUUAGUGAUCUGUUUGUUUAUAUCCAAAAGUUAACCAAUAAUGUCUGGUCGUGGGAAAGGAGGAAAAGCUAAAGCUAAGGCGAAGUCUCGUUCGAACAGAGCUGGACUGCAAUUUCCAGUUGGUCGUAUCCACAGACUUUUGAGAAAAGGAAAUUACGCUGAAAGAGUCGGUGCUGGAGCUCCAGUUUAUUUGGCUGCAGUUAUGGAGUACCUGGCUGCUGAAGUUCUCGAAUUGGCGGGAAACGCCGCACGAGAUAACAAGAAAACUAGAAUUAUUCCGAGACAUUUGCAACUUGCCAUCCGCAAUGAUGAGGAAUUAAAUAAACUUCUGUCUGGUGUUACCAUUGCGCAAGGAGGUGUUCUUCCAAAUAUUCAGGCUGUACUUCUGCCAAAGAAAACCGAAAAAAAGGCUUAGACUUCAGACUAAUAACAUAAAUGGCCCUUUUCAGGGCCACAAAUACUUUUAUACAGGGGAACAUAUCUGUUUGAAAACAAUUUGUAUUUUAACGUAAAUUUUUGAUACUAAAAGUAUUUGAAUAGUUAAAAUAACAAAUUUGUUAUUUUCUAUAAGAAUUUUAUAGGUUUAUACAACACGUGAAUUUUUUAUUUUUGAAAACUAUUGAGUAAUCGAAAUUACGUCUGUAACACUACAUUAGGAAUUUUGAAUAUUGCAAAAUAAAUGUAUGUGGGAAGGAGAAUUGGUUCCUUUUCUUUGAGUUGUGUUUUUUCAU